GGACACCGUCAGCACGUCAUCCUCAUCAAGACGCUCACCUUUGAGUGCCGUCCGCCGUCGACGGUUUUUUUUUGUACGCGGACGGCGGUCCAGUCGUCCAGAAAUUGGUCCAGCCACCGACGACGAAACUCGAAAAUGACUUUUUUCGGGCUUGGGCAAACGGCGGAGUUGGAAAUAGUGUUAGAUCGACCGGAUGGAAAAAAGAAACUAGACGAAAGCAGUAAAAAAGAUCAAAGUUUAAUAUAUUAUGAUGGAGAAACCGUAUCUGGAAGAGUUAAUGUAAUACUAAAAAAGUCAAGCAGUCGUUUGGAACAUCAGGGUAUUAAAGUUGAAUUCAUAGGCCAAAUAGAAAUGUACUAUGAUCGAGGUAACCAUCAUGAGUUUACAUCACUAGUCAAGGAACUGGCCAGGCCUGGAGAAAUGUUACAGAAUACUUCAUAUAAUUUUGAAUUUUUAAAUGUAGAAAAACCAUAUGAGACAUAUACUGGCUCUAAUGUGAGGCUGAGGUACUUUUUGAGGGUUACCAUCAUACGAAGAAUCUAUGACAUAGUUAAAGAAAUGGAUAUUAUAGUACAUACUUUAUCCUCUUAUCCUGAUAUGAAUAAUAGUAUAAAAAUGGAAGUAGGAAUUGAAGAUUGUUUACAUAUUGAGUUUGAAUACAAUAAGUGCAAAUAUCACUUGAAAGAUGUAAUUGUAGGUAAAAUUUAUUUUCUACUAGUACGAAUAAAGAUAAAACACAUGGAAAUUGCAAUAAUUAAAAGAGAAACUACUGGAUCUGGUCCCAAUACAUUUAAUGAAAAUGAAACUAUAGCUAAGUAUGAAAUAAUGGAUGGAGCACCUGUUAGAGGAGAAAGUAUUCCUAUUAGAGUAUUUCUUGCUGGUUAUGAUCUCACACCUACUAUGAGAGAUGUAAACAAGAGGUUUUCAGUGAGAUACUUUUUAAAUCUUGUUUUAAUGGAUGAAGAAGAUAGACGCUAUUUUAAACAACAAGAAAUAACAUUAUGGCGGAAAGGAGAAAAACAUUUAAAAGGAAUACAAAAUCGUAAUGAACCUUCUCAUUUAGUCUCUGGUAAAGAUGGACCUAAAGGAAGUGAAGCUCCACGAACUACAACUCAAUCAGUUCAACCAUCUGGUUCAAUUGACAAUACUGACUCGGAAAAUGAUCAUAACCAUUCCCCAAUGAAUGAAGGUGAUGAUGAACAAAUACGUUCAUCAAUUGAGGAUAGUACUAGUGAAUAAUAUGAAAUAGUAAUAAUAUUGUUUUAUAUGUCUACAAAAUGCCAUUAAUUUUGAUUCCGAAUUUCUUUAGAAAAAUAAAUGUAACCAGUUAUUUAAAACUUUUAAAAAUAAUAGUGUAUUAUGCCUAGUCCUAAUUAUUGAAAAUGUAUUAAUAAUACCUAUGUUAACAGGUUAACCACUUAAAUUUUUUUUUACAUAAUAUAAAAUUGUACUAUAAAUUAAUAUACAAACAAUUUAUCACUUGUUAAAUACUUUAUGUUAUACAAAGCGGCAAAUUUUUAUACUCUAUAAAUGAUAUAGUUGUUAUAUACAGAGUGGGCCAUUGUAUUUUCCUGUUUUCCUGUGUUUGCUGCAAGUGAGAACACAGUGGUUCACCCUAUAUAAUACCAAAAAUUAAUAUUUAUCUACAUAAAUGUAUUAAUUUAUAUAUUUUUAUACACAGGUUAUUUAUCUGUUGAUUUCGUAGAAGUUCUAUAGGUACCUUAAUUAUUGUUAUUGUGAUUUAUUGUUUAAAAAUGUAAUUGAUUUAAUUUAUAGUAAACACUUAUAAUUGUUUUAUUUUAAUCAAAUUCAAAUACUGAAAAAUAUAUAUUCUUGUAUUUUAUGAAAUGUAUAUAAAAUCAUUCAAUACAUUAUUAUUAUUUAUUAUAAUUAUAAUCACCUGAUAUUAUUUUGGUUCGUGCAUCAGCGGAUAAUGUAAACAAAUUACCUUAGCCAACUAUUAAAAUAGUCAUGUUUACGAGACGUGUAUUUUUUUAAAAAAUUAUUUAUUGUAUUUAUUACGAACUAUGUCAUUUUAAUCAUAUAGUAAAUGUAUCAUAUAUGUAUUUAUAAAUAAAUUUAUUGAUCAGUUUUUAA